AUGAGGAAAUUUUUCUCCACUAUUAACUAUGAGGACCUGGUAGAUCCCCUGGAGGUAACCGGAGUCCUGGAUGACUGCCUGUGCGAUAUCGAUAGCAUCGAUAACUUUAACACCUUCAAAAUCUUCCCCAAAAUAAAAAAAUUGCAAGAGCAAGACUACUUCCCUUAUUACAAGGUCAAUCUGAAGCGACCAUGUCCUUUCUGGGCAGAAGAUGGCCAUUGUUCAAUAAAAGACUGCCAUGUGGAGCCCUGUCCAGAGGUAAAGUAAAUUAAAAAAAUAAUAAUAAGGAAAACAUUGCUUCCUCUUGGGCUCUUAGAUAAGCAUGAAUUUAUAUUUUAGGCC